GAAGCACCACUAGUAGCUGUUCUCUUUUUCCACUCCCAAGGAAAAAAAGGCUAAUAACUACCAUCAGUGCCUAAAUAGAAUACCAGCACAUAAUAGGAGACAGUGACAUUUUGUGAUGUGGGAGCAUGAAAGUAACUACUGUCAAGGUUUAUGGUUCUCUUUGAAAACUUGGUAGUGAAAUUUUAGCUUCACUCAGCAGCAGAAGAAUGUAGGGAGUAAGUGGUUCCAGAUGUCAUUUCUUGCACUUUCUUAAAGAAGCUGUUUGGAGAGGAAGCAGGUCUCAUGAAAUGUGAUGUACAUGUUCAGCUAACUUUACAGCGUAAUCCAGAGAAAAUAUAACAGAAACAUCAGUGCCUCUGGUAAAUUGUGAUGUCUGCUUCUUUUCGAGACCAUGAAAGUGCAUCUGAAAACUGAUGUGAUCUGCACCCUCUUCUUGGUUAUCAUACUUUGCCUUUUAAUUUAUUUACAUUUUGAUGUUCUUUCACCAAGAGAGAGACAAGAAAAGUACACAUUUGGGCCUUUAACAAACAUACGUAUUUCCUCAACUGAAGCUGUUAAGACAAUUGCUUUAGAGGAUGACAUCUCAGUAACUCAAAAUGAACACAGGUGUGAAGAAAAAGACCAGGUUGUUGACAAGAGCUUGCCAAGUGCAUCAGCAACAACAGUAACACCACCUUCCUCUUUCAAUUUCCAUCAGUAUCUUUUGGAUAAAGACAAGAGACAUUUUCAGUUGUUGAUCAACCAGCCUAGAAAAUGUAGGAAAGCUUCCAAUGACCCAUUUUUACUCAUUGCAAUAAAGUCAGUUCUUGAAGACUUUGAAAGAAGGGAAGUUGUUCGUAAAACUUGGGGGAAGGAAGGCCAGAUAAAUGGAUUAGAAGUUAGAUGCAUAUUUCUUUUGGCUGUUCCAAAGAACCAAACAGCUUUACCUUUGUGGCGUGACCUAGCUCAUUAUGAAAGUGAAACCUAUGGAGACAUCUUACUUUGGGAAUUUCUUGAUACAUUCUUUAACCUGACACUGAAAGAAAUUCAUUUUUUGAAAUGGGCCCAUGAAUUUUGUUCCAAUGUGAAAUUUAUUUUUAAGGGAGAUGCAGAUGUAUUUGUGAAUACAGAGAACAUAAUUAAUUUUUUGAAUUCCUACAACGCCAAUGAGGACCUGUUUGUUGGUGAUAUCAUUCUUCAAGCACAACCUAUUCGUUCAAAGACUAGCAAAUACUACAUCCCAGAAAUAAUAUAUGGGCAAGGACUAUAUCCUAGUUAUGCAGGGGGUGGGGGCUUUCUAAUGUCAGCUUUUACCAUGAAGAAACUCUUCAAAGCUUGUAAUGAAGUAGAGCUUUUUCCUAUAGAUGAUGUGUUCCUGGGUAUGUGUUUGUUGAGAACUGGCCUUAAACCAGUUGCUCAUGAGGGAUUUAGAACCUUUGGGAUUAUAAAACCUUCUGCUGCACCCCAUCUACAGACAUAUAAUCCUUGUUUCUACAAGGAGUUGAUGGUAGUCCACAGUUUAAAAGUUGCUGAAAUAUGGCUCAUGUGGAAGUUACUUCAUGACCCUACUCUCACCUGUACUCAAAAGGAGGUGAUAGAGAGACCAUUUCGGUGGAAGCAGAAAAGCUAAAAUGGCUACAGAAUAAUGCAGGAAAGGACAGUGAUCAUCUUCCCUAUAAUUACUAGACAUUCUUACAGUUCAUCAUUAAGGUAACCAAUUUGCUAUAAUUAAACCAAAACAAUUUCACCUAAAAACAAAUAAUCUAUGAAUGAAAAUAGAAAUUCUAAGUCUACUUUAUGCUGAUCUUAUUAUCAUCCUUUAGUAAAUUUAUGGCUCAACAGACUAAAAGUCAGUUCCAACUGCGGUUCACUAAAUAACACAAACUGUGAAUAAUUUAAGUAGCAAGUAUAACAGCAAAAACAUUAAAGAUUCACUUAUGUUAGUGAACUGGGGCCAAAGUAUUAUAAAACUAUUUUGUUUUUACUGGAGUACAGGCAGCCCAGGUUUGACAGGUUAAUUGUAAAUACAGAAAAAAAUGAAUA